AUGGCAAUGCAGGCGCCGCUUGCCAACGACAAGAAGAGAGUAAAAGUUUAUGAGCUGCGCGACAAUGACUGGUUUGACAGAGGAACUGGUUUUUGCACCGGCCAAUUCAUUAACGAUGAACCGCGCAUCUACGUGGAGUCCGAAGACCAACCGGAUCGCAUGUUGUUAGAAACUCGUAUUGUCAAAGAUGAUGGAUAUCAGAAACAGCAAGACACACUCAUUGUGUGGACCGAGACCAAUGGCACCGACAUGGCCCUCAGUUUCCAGGAGGCGGAAGGCUGUGCAGUCAUAUGGGAUUUCGUACAUCAAGUCCAGCAACAGUUAUUGACCCUUCCUGAUGAUGGCCUCUCGGACGAUGCCCUUGAAAAUAUCUCAAGCUCUUUUACCCUCAAUCCCCCCGAACUGAACAAUCUGGACGAGAUCGAACAGAGUAUACGACAUGCGAGCAUAACGCAGGGCGGGCGCGAAGCACUAGCAAAGUUUUUGAUCCGUGAAGAAUAUCUACUCAAAUUAAUACCACUGGUUGAGAUGGCAGAGGACCUGGAGAGUCUACCAGAUCUACAUCGCCUGUGCAAUAUUAUGAAGGCCCUGAUUCUGAUGAACGAUAACACCAUCAUUGAGCAUUUGGUGACGGACGACAUCAUUCUGGGCGUCGUUGGAGCCCUCGAGUACGAUCCGGACUUCCCCACGCACAAAGCCAACCAUAGACAGUACCUGUCAGAUGAGUCGAGGUAUAAAGAGGUGGUGGAGAUCAAAGACCAAAACAUCAAGCGGAAAAUACGUCAGACAUGGCGGCUGCAGUAUUUGAAGGACGUGGUGCUGGCGCGCAUCCUGGACGAUCCUACCUUCGGCGUAUUGAACUCGCUCAUAUUCUUCAAUCAGGUUGAUAUUGUCCAGCACCUUCAAAACAACACUGCCUUUUUGAAGGAGCUCUUUGCCAUCUUCAGUGCCGACAACACGGACAUCAGGCGGAAAGAGCAGGCUGUGCACUUCUUGCAGCAAUGCGCUGCGAUUGCGAAGACGCUUCAAAUGCAGUCGAGGGCAAACCUUCUCAACAACUUCAUUGCACACGGUCUCUUUUCAGUCAUUACCUUCGCGGUAAAACACCCAGAGCCGUCAAUGAGAACAACUGGCAUUGACAUCCUGGUGGCGCUUCUCGACCAUGACCCUAAUAUGAUGAGAGGCUAUAUGCUCAAGGCCGUAUCUGAAAGGAAGAUUCCCUUGACGGACACGCUGAUCGACUUGUUGCAUGCCGAGACUGAUCUGGGCGUGAAAAACCAGCUGGCAGAUGCCAUCAAGAUCUUACUGGAUCCUCAACCCCCUUCUAAUGACCCAAUGGGUAACCGUCAGAACUCCGAGUUCAUGACCAAGCUCUCAAGACCCCAGAUGACUCCGACUCAGCAGGCCAACGAGCAAUUUGCGCAGGACAAUUUUGACCGAUCGUGUCGAAAAUUAUUCCAACCGCUCAAGGAGCUCGAAUCUAGGGAAUCGAUGCUUAACUUCAGCUAUCAGGAGGUCUCGUUGUUCUCGUAUUUGGUCGAGAUAUUGACGUUCUUUAUCCGCCAACAUUCCAUGAGAAGCCGGCCUUUUCUCCUGUCGGAAAAUUUGGCACCAAGAGUGGCUCAGCUGUUGCAGGUCCCGCAGAAACCGUUGAAACUGACUGCUUUGAAAUUUUUCCGGACCGCAGUCUCGUUACAAGAUCAAUUCUAUGCCGCGCAGGUCAUCAAAAGCGGAGCGUUUGACGCCAUUCUGGGAAUUGUCAUUGACACUAUGCCACGGGAUAAUCUCCUCAAUUCAGCAUGUCUGGAAAUGUUUGAAUUUAUCCGCAAGGAAACGAUAAAGCCGAUAGUCAUCCACCUUGCGGAGCAUUACCGGCAAAAGAUCCAGGACAUUACCUAUGUCGACACGUUUGUGAAUCUUCUUCUUAAGUAUGAACAGUUGACAGCCGACCACCCUGAGCCUGAGCACACCUUAUUCAGCCAAGACGAUGCAACGCCGCCUAUGAGUCGGGCGCAUAUGAAUGGCCGGUGGCAGGGUCUACCGGAAAUGGAUGCGAGCGAGGAGGACUAUUUUAACGCCUCCGAUGACGAGGAGGAAGAAGCAGAAGAAGAUUCUGAUCGUGACAGUAUAAAGGAUGUGUCUGAAAGGGUGAACCAAUGGCACCGCAGAAGGAUAAAGGCUGAGAUGAUGAAUGGGAGCGUCAGUCCGGUUAACAAGCCGCUUGUAGAUUAUCCUGACGACGACGAGGACGACGCGAUGGAAGCCAAAGCCGAUGCAACACCUCACACUCCACUAACUCCAGACAGUAACAAGGACGUUUCUUCCCCCGAACCAAAAGCAGCACCUGAAAAGAAGCUGCAGCCAUCACCGGAGAUCAAGUCCAUUGCCGAAAGCGAAUUGCAGCAAGCCCCCGAAAGAAUGACGGAGAAACGACGACGACAAGAAGAUGACGACGACGACGAGCUCGGCAAGCUUUCUGGAGGGCCCAAACGCAGAAACUCGGCAUCCAGCAGUUCCAGCCUGUCCUCGCAAGGCGCAUUACGUCGGAAAAAGGGAUUUUUGCGAUCGAAGCAGGCAAGCGGCGAGAAUAGCCCGUUAUCAACGAGUAAUACUGAGACGGAGAAUCACGUCGAGGGUCGAAAGCCUCGCAAAAUCGCCAUUAGUCUCUCCAACGCGACGAACAAACCUGAUGAUACACCUCCCACUACAACAAACGUCAAGCUGCAGAAUAAGCAGCAGUCGGUGACGACCAAGGAGUAG